ACACUGCAAGCGAAAAUAUGUGUACACGUAGCUCUGCGCUGCCGCUAGCGCUCUAGCAUCUACUGAUCAUCAACGCUUUGCUGUUCAGCUCAGCGCUUCGUUCUGUUUCGCUUCUAAAGCAACGACGAAAGCAAGGCGAUCCAGCAGUGCAGAGCGUCCGUUUGGGAGCAUUGUGGAAAUGGCAGACCAGAGCAGCAGCGGCUCGUUCAGCCAGGGUCACAGUUCAUUUAGCCAGUCGUCCACAAACCAAAUCACGAGUGGCGAUGAUUCCUUGUUGGCGGCUAGUCGGCCACAGCUAAUCAGUCCAUCUUCAGGUUCGUUCCAGGGCAGCUCUGGAGUGCUAAGGCUUCACCAGGCCUCCGGGUCAACUUCCAGAUUGCCGCGCCUUGCCGGUGCGGGGCGACCGAAGGCACCCAUGGACAAUGUACACGAGUCUCUCUCGUCGGUUGGAGAUUCCCUGGGCAGUAUCAUGUCACCAGACGCCAGGCGGCCUGGAGCAGGGCCACACAUGACAUCGACGCCUCGACGGCCUUCGCCUUCGCCGGUGCGAACUAAGGACAUGGACAUCCUGAGACGUGAAAUGGAAACUCUGAGGGAGACGCAACGCCGGCUUUACGCAAAUUUGGAAGUGCGAACACAGGAACUGAAGCAUAGGGAAGUGGAGCACUCAAAGACCAAGGAGGAACUAGCCUCAUUGCGAAUGGAGACCAAUAAGCUGGUCAUAAAGGAGGAUCUUAAACUCCGAGCAGUGGAAGACGAUCAGGUCCAAAUGGAGCAACUGAUUGACCAGCUAAGCUGCUACCGGACAGAGCUGGCAGCAGCCAAGACCAUUUUUGCAGAGAAAGACCAAAUGAUUGAGCAGUUAAAGGAGAAAAUGACAAGUACCGAGAUUAUGUGCGAAAAGAUAAGGGAUGACCAACGCAGCGAGAUUGCGCGCUCGGCUGAUACUCAGCAGCGUCUCGCGGAGAUGACAGAGAACUUCAAGAAGAGCCUGCAUUCUGCACGCCAGGCGGAAGGGGAAGUCGAGCACCUGAAUGCUAUUGUCCAGGAACUUAGACGAAGCCAAGAAGACUGCCUUGCUCAAGAGAAAAGGGCCAAAGAUGAAGCGCGUCAGUGUUUAAAGCGUCUCAAUGGAGAGGAGGUGAAAAUCAAGCAGCUACAGAGGCGAGAGAAAGAGCUGACUGAAGAAAAAGACCAGCUGAAAGCAUGGGGUUCGAGGCUAAAGGAAGAGCGGAGCGCCGCCAUUGAUCGAGCAGUUUCUAAAGCCGGUUCGGAGCAUCAGGAGCGGAUCACUGAUUUGUUGGCCGAACUGUCUAAGCUACAACAAGAGAAUUUAGAGAAGGACUGCGCAUUGGACCGCCUGCGGAAUGACCAUCGAACACUGGAAAAGGACUUGGAAAAGGCCAAGAGACGGCCAGAACAACUCAUCUCAGAGCACACUCUUGCCGAGCUGAGACAACGUCUCACGUCUGUAGAGGGCAGCAGAGAUGAAGCCAUGCUAGAAGCUAACCUGCAGUGUGACGCCGUGAAACAGAUGGAAGCAAAGCUGGAACACCAACAGAAUACAAGCAGCAGACAGGUUGCGCACUUUGAAGACCUUCUAGAGAAAGCGGACAGGAAGAUUGAUGAUCUGCACGCCAGGGAACAAGAUCUCCAAGCGUCCAAAAAGAUCUUGACAAGCCAGCUACAGACGGCUGAGAACCGGCACCAGGAACUAGAUCAGAAGUGGAAAGACAAGAUGGCUGGCCUAGAGCAGAUGCUCAAGAUAAAAGAUGUGGAGUUAUUAGCCCAGGUGGAGAAUACCACAGCUUACUCCAGAAAGUGUAUCAUUGAGCUUCGAGAGCAAGUCCGGGUGCACCAGCGCUUUGGAGUCAAAUGUCGCGCGAGUGAACUUGCAAUGGCUGAGAAGCGGAAGGAGGCAGAAGACCGCCUUGGGAAACUUGUCCAGAAGGGUCACGAUGAAAAGUGUCACUUGCUUGAAGAAAUCGAGAGCACUAAGGAAGCCAUGGCAACGAACCUUCAAAGAAUGAACAGGUUGCUGGCGGAACGUGGCCGGCUUCAGGAGGACUUAGCCUUCUCGAGGGAACAAGAAUCGUCCACCCGUACAAAUCUCAUGCAGAUGGUUAAAGAAAUGCAGGAUUUGACUGAGGAGAAACGUCAAUUAGCACUUGCGUUACACGCUUACCAGGUGGCCCCUGGGAAAAACCAGUCGGAGAAUAUUCUAUUUCCCAGCACAUAUUCUGCCGCUCGUUUGAACGCAUUGAAAGGCAGAUUUCAAGCGUCAGACACAGGCAUUGCUAACAGGACCACCACGCCAGUGCAUGCGCCUGGAAGGCAAGGACGGCAACCAAGUGCAAGCCAUGUAGCACCCGCAGCUCGCCCGGCACCCAGAGCAGCGAACCCGAGUAUCCGCCUAGAGAGCCCGGCGCCGGGAGCAGGCAGCCGGGACAACAGCAGCAUCAGCAGCAGCAGCUCGGAGAGGCUGAGUAUGGACGCUCUCCAGUAGGAGCGGCAAUCAAGAUCACCCCGUGCAGAAAGCAGACAGCCUCGAUAUCUGGCAUGUGCAUAAAAUAUUGACAAACAAGUAUCCUCAUAUUCAAAAUUUGAAUAAGUAUUACAUUUCCGGCAUAAUAUUCGUCCUCUUUUCCCAAGUCUUGUCAAUCCAACCCUAUGGAGAGGGGCUAGCAUAUUUUCAUCAUAACAAUAAACAGGUAACUUAGUGCGUAGUAUUCAUCGUUAUUUCAGGAGAAAGGCUGCAGUAGAACAAAGUGUUCCAUUUUGUAAGUGUUGUAUGUUGGGAACAGUAAAUUCUCCUUUUUAACUCUUGUUUUCAACUGUUAACAUUAUGCGCACUACUGGAAAGAUGUUAUCCUUGUAGAGAUUUUCUGAUACUUUCUGCACGUCGCGGACUACUUUA